AUGGCAGUAAUAUUAACUGCCCUUUUAACAAGGGCAGAUGAGCCUGUUUGCAGUUUGCGAGGCAGACCAGAAUUGCCUCAGUUUUCAAAGGAUGGAGAUAUUACAAUUGGAGGAAUCUUUGAAUUACACCACAACCUUAUAGAUGCCAAACCUGCCUUUAAAGGAGAGCCUGAACCACUAAAAUGCAAAGAUUUAAAUUUCAGAGAAUUCAAAUUUGCUCAAACUCUGAUCUUUGCCACUGAAGAAAUAAACAACAGGACAGAUAUACUCCCUGGUAUUUCACUGGGUUAUAAGAUAUACGAUGAUUGUAGUUCCAUACCUUUGGCUAUAAGGGCAGGGGUGGCUUUAGUGAAUGAACAAGAAGAACAACUGUACUCUAACAAGUCCUGUACCAAAACAUCUACUGUCCAUGCUAUAAUAGGACCCUCUAGUUCUUCACCAGCUAUAGGAAUUGCAACAACAAUAAGAGCUUUUAACAUACCAGUGAUUAGUCACUUUGCAACAUGUGAAUGUUUGAGUAACAGGAAUAAGUACCCUUCGUUUUUCAGAACCAUACCAAGUGAUUAUUAUCAAAGCAGAGCCCUGGUACAGCUUGUGAAGCAUUUUGGAUGGACUUGGAUUGGGGCAAUUAGAAAUGAUGAUGACUACGGCAACUCAGGAAUGGCUACAUUUGUAAAAGCAGCCCAAGAGGAGGGGGUUUGCAUUGAAUAUUCAGAGACUAUUUACAGAACGUAUCCAAGAGAAAAACUAAUUAAAACUGUAGAUGUUAUAAAAAAGUCAUCUUCAAAGGUUAUUGUAGCUUUCACUGCUUACAUAGAUCUUGAAGUUCUGCUUAAAGAACUGUUGCUUCAGAAUGUUACUGGAUUUCAGUGGAUAGGCAGUGAAGCUUGGAUUUCUGACAAAAACUUUGAAGUAGGAGACAGUUUCAGAGUUCUGGGUGGGGCACUGGGUUUCACGGUCGCCAAUGCAGUAAUUACAGGUUUGGAGGAGUUUUUACUGAAUGUCCAUCCAUCUGACACCCCUGGGAAUUCAGGCUUAAAAGAUUUUUGGGAAACUGUUUUCAGUUGCACCCUGACUACCCAAGACACGACUGCAUUGGUUAAUCCAUGUACAGGGUCUGAGAAUUUAGCAGAGGUAAAGAAUCAGUACACUGAUGUAACUGAUCUGGGAAAUGCCAAUGAUGUCUAUAAAGCUGUGCAUGCUGUAGCCCAUUCACUACACAAUCUGCUUACAUGCGAAAGUGGCCAGGGACCUUUUGCUGGUAAGACAUGUGCAAAUAAGAAGAAGAUUGAACCAUGGCAGGUAAUGCAUUAUCUGAAAACGGUUAAUUUCACUACCAAGAAUGGUGUGAAUGUUUAUUUUGAUGAGAAUGGGGAUCCAACUGCAAGAUAUGCAUUAGUUAACUGGCAACUCAAUAAGGAGAGCAUCACACAAUUUGUUACAAUUGGUCUCUAUGAUGCAUCUUUACCAGUAGGACAACAGUUUAUUAUGAAUAAUGUCAGUAUUGUUUGGGCAGGUGGUCAGGAUAAGGUCCCUAAAUCAGUGUGCAGUGAGAGCUGUCCUCCAGGCACUCGGAAGGCUGUUCAGAAAGGAAAGCCUGUUUGUUGCUUUGAUUGCAUACCAUGUGCUGAAGGAGAAAUCAGCAAUCAGACAGAUUCUAUUGAUUGUAUGAAGUGCCCUUUGGAAUACAGGUCGAAUAACCAAAAGAACCAAUGCAUCUUAAAAGCCAUUGAAUUCCUAUCAUUUGGUGAAAUCAUGGGGAUGUUGCUGAUGAUCCUUUCAUUGAUUGGGGCUUGUUUAACCACUGCUAUAGCUAUUGUUUUCUUUCGUUUCAGAGAUACCCCCAUUGUAAGAGCUAAUAACUCUGAACUCAGUUUUCUUCUUUUGUUUUCAUUAGCACUGUGUUUCCUUUGUUCACUUACUUUCAUUGGCCAGCCCUCUGAGUGGUCCUGUAUGUUGCGCCACACUGCCUUUGGGAUCACAUUUGUCCUGUGCAUCUCUUGUGUUCUGGGGAAAACAAUAGUCGUGUUAAUGGCGUUUAGAUCUACACUUCCUGGUAAUAAUAUUAUGAAAUGGUUUGGGCCCGCCCAACAGCGGCUAACUCUUUUUGCAUUCACAUUCAUUCAAUCCUUAAUUUGCACUCUUUGGUUAAUAAUAUCCCCUCCUUUUCCAAACAAAAACAUGAACUCUUUCAAAGACAGAAUCAUUUUAGAGUGUGACCUGGGAUCUGCUGCAGCAUUUUAUGCUGUGUUAGGGUAUAUUGGGUUUCUUGCUGCCAUGUGCUUUGUGCUUGCUUUUCUGGCUCGUAACCUACCAGAUAACUUUAAUGAAGCGAAAUACAUUACAUUUAGCAUGCUCAUAUUCUGUGCUGUUUGGAUCACUUUCAUCCCAGCUUACAUCAGUUCACCUGGGAAGUACACAGUUGCUGUAGAAAUAUUUGCAAUUUUAGCUUCCAGCUUUGGUUUGCUCUUCUGUAUUUUUGCUCCUAAAUGUUAUAUUAUAUUAUUUAAGCCUGAGAAGAAUACAAAAAAACAUCUGAUGGGAAAAGGGCCCUCAAAGUCACUUUGAAGAAAAAUAAUAACAAUUUUUUAAAUAUGAAAACAUGGUAUAAAAACACAUUCAGUCAAGCACUGCAGCCCCUGCAUUAGGUAACACAGGUCCUUUUUUAAAGACAGCUUCAAAGUUGCUCUUAUACAGCGUGUUUGAAGAUUCACUUUUAAAAAACAAUAACAUAAUAUAUAAAUGAAAUAUAACAUGGGAAUUAUACCAUACCAAGGUAGUCAUGUAUACAUUUUUUCUAGGUACAGUAUUAGAUUUCAUAAUAGCCUGUAAGCCAGCACACUGUAUUAUCCAGCAGAAUGUUCUGUUCCCAGGUUAGACAGGUUUUACUGUACACUAUUGGAUGCUAGAAAUUCCAUAUUAUGUUUUUACAAAUGCUCUCUUGUUAAUGAAUGGUUUGAGAGCUUCAUAUUUAGCUGAGAUAUUAAUUGUUAGUGUUUACAACUCUCUUUAAUUGUUUAUUUCAAUAUUGGAAUAUUUCAGGCCAUUGCAUGGAGUACAGACAAAAAAAAGGCACAGGAAAAUAAACAUUCACAUUUUUCUGUUGCCCCUAAAUGUAUUUAAUAUAUAAUGUAUAUUAUAUUAUUAGUGUUUCAGGUCAUUGCCCUGUUAUGGAGACAUAUGUUCAGAAGUCAGUUCCAUAUAACAGAAAAUGAUAUAUGAAUGUUUGCUUAUUUAGCUAAUGCCAGGGAAACAACAGUUUUCUCCACAUCAGAAGAGCGUGUCUGUAGAGACUGUAGCUGAUGUCACUUUUACAGAGGUUACGUGUUCUCUUUCAUACUAACAGAGCCUUGAUUACAGCAGCGCUGUUGAUAUCUAGCACACUGAUUGGAUACCCUUCUUCUGCUAUGAAUGCAACAUUUAAACAGCUCUGAUAAUACAUUGUAUCCUUUAGAUCCAUUGGACACUAGAAUAGCUGAUUGCCCAUGGGGAUUUAUCAGUGUUAAAGUGAUUAUCAAAGAGAAAACAGGAGUUGGAUUAUAACAUCUACAUUUAGCUGCUCUAAUGUAAACUACACACUCAUUAAAAUGUGUAAUUGAUGUAAUUGUAGUCUGUGUUUACUGUUUUUCCUAAGCACAAUUAAAAAGCUUUAAUACUGUAUUUACUGCAACUUUACACCACCUCCUAGAUAUAUCACUGGUGAUAGGCUUCAAUGGAACUUCUCUAUAAUGUACUGAACGUCUCAACACUGUACAGCUAUGGCCAAAAGUUUAACAUCACCUAGAAUUCUAAGAUUGCGACAUCAUUUAAAAAAAUAAAUAUGUGAACAUAAUUUAGAUCUUUUCUUUACAUCAUGUAAUAAAAGUAACUGCAAAAUUAUAUUGCAAAAGUCUACCGAAAACCAUAAUAGCUGUA